UAAGUUUGUCAACCAUACCAAUUUUAUAUUGAUAUAAUAAAAGUGUAUCCGAUCUUAGGUUUCAGUUAAAAGUUUGUAUUAUUUAAAAAGAAAAUGGCUAAGAAGAAUAUACAGUUGAUGAAGUUUAACAUUGGCGACCUGGUUUUUGCCAAAAUUAAGUACUAUCCAGCAUGGCCGGCAAAAAUAACAAAAGCCGAAAAAAAUAAGUUCAUUGUGUAUUUCUAUGGAACUGAGGAAACUGGAAUUGUUAAACCCGGGAACCUUUUUAAAUACAAAGAAAAUAAGACAAAAUUUUGUUCCGAUAAAAAUCUAAAGCGUCCCAACUUUCGCGAAGCAGUUGAACAAAUUGAAACGGCUUUAAAAAGCACAGAUACUGGCCAAAAAUGUACACCGAAUGUAGUCGUAUCCGACACAGCACAUGAUAAAUCUAUUGUGGAUGAUUUUCCAAGCGAUAAUACAUUUGUCAAACAAAACAAAAAUAUAAAUCCAGCCAAAAUUGUAAAAAAGGAUAAAAAACGAAUAGGCGGCAAAGCGGUUAAAAAUAUCACAAGAAUUUCUCAAGGGAGGGUCUCCAAAAAAAUCAGUCGCAGAGGUCGAACAAUUAAAGUCAAGCAAUUUUCUAGGAGUUUCAUAGGUGUACUAACACAUCAAGCACACCGCAGAGUUCGAAAGAGAAGAAUCGGUGUAAGAAAAGCUAAUAUAAAAUCAACAAAUGAGACUGAUUCUAAUAAGCCAACGUCGACGUUGGAACCAAAAAAUGAUGACAUGAUUUUUGGUCUUAUUCCGCCUAAAAAAUAUUUUGGCAUAACAUUUGGUAUGAAUAAACCGGAAUCAUUCACAGAUGCAAGCGAACGUGUAGAAUGGGAAACCGCAGCACGGAAAGAGGCAGAAUUAUUAAAAGAAUGUUUAGAAAUUGGCGAGGUAAAACUAGAAACAGUAAAAGACAGACUUAUCUUAGAUGUCCCACUUGAAAACCUUACUGGUGAAAUUUCUGAAAUGUUAACUGCACAAAUGGUUAAGCGUAAAGCCGCUGUCAUGGCUGAAAUGAAUUUUCUUAAACUAUGUGAAGAAAUACGAUCAUGCUUAGGGCUGAAGAGUGUAUACCUUGAUAAAUGUCUAGAGCUAUUGGACAAUUUUGAAAAGUUCCAAUUAAAUCAAUUGAUUUUGUUGCGCAAUCCAGACGGUGUCGACAUCAUUCGUCGCUUGUGUACCUAUGUAGGAAAUUUCAAGCAAUGGAAUGUAAGUACCGCCGAAGAAGCACGUCUUGAUACAAAAGCAGAAAUAAUCCGUCAGGUUGCAGAAACUGUUUACAAUAACAUUAAGGAAUUGUUUGAUUACAAUGGCGAAAUACAGUUCUGGGACAAAUUCACUGAGGAUGCAAAAAUAUUUGAGGAGGUAACACAAAACUUAGGUGAACGACGUCGAGUGUUAUUGACCGAAAGUUCUUAUCGAGAACUGUUAGCAGCUAGAAGCUGAGUUAAAUGAUUUUUAAGAUACGUAAAUCAAUAAAAU